AUCACUUCUUGAUGCAUAGAUCGAUCAAAAGAUACAAAAUUAAUAAUGUAACGACAUUAAUGAAGACAUCUCUCAUUACAUAGUUUAACCAUAUACCUGAAGAGCAAGCACACUUCUACUCCUUCAAUUUUCUGAAAAAGCAAAACCACCUGAAGAAAGAAGUCGACUAAUCACGAUCGAUAAUAAAGUUGUAGCAUCAGAAGUCAAAGGACUAUAUAUAUAUUCCCAGCAACCUGGUCAGCCAAUUCAUUUCUAGGAACCAACUUAAAACUAUGGUUAUCCGUUGCUCAGAACUUUAUAGCUCUUGUAGAAAUCAGACUACUCUCUUUUGAUUAAGAAGUUCUAAAGUUUUUUGUAACUAUAGUAUGUAUCAGUGAUGAUUUUGUUCUUCAGGUAUAUGGGGUGUUUUCUUUGGGAGCUCUAAAUAUGUGUAGCCUUAUGUUUUGCUGACAGAUGAUCUUCUGGUACCUUAGCAUCAUACUUCCUGUAGCAGUUCAAAGUUGCCAUUAUCUUGAUGUGGGGUUUUGAUGCGACAACAAAAAAGCUCUAUACAUGACAGAAAAGGGAGACAAGAUUCAAGUUGUCCUUCUACAAGUCUAGGUACAGACAAGGGAAAAGCUGUGUUUUCAGACUUCACUGCAAGCCGCAGUAGUUUACCUUACUUUUCCCCAUUGAGCACAUGUGCUGAUGCAGGACGCGAGUCACAUAACGGAUCAUCUAUUAAUUACAUGAGUCAAUUUGGUCAAGGUGGUGCAAAACAGCAAGCUGACCGGCAAGUAUCUUCAGCAAAAAGCUCCAGAAGGAGAACAAAUAAAACUAAGAACUCUAAUAUAGAAGAUACAUCUGUUGGUGCUGGAGACUGGAUUAAUCCCAAACAGACAGCCAGCACUCCCACUGAUGCUGGCAGGAGACGGGUUCAUGCUGAUGGCCAAUCUGCUGGUCAAUGGUUUCCAGGAGAAAAUGGAAAGAAUGUGAGAUUAUAAUGUGCUUGCUGAAUUAUAGUUGCAUGUUUUUUUUAUCAAUUGCCAUCCUUGUUGAUUGCAUUUUAUUACUACUUUAGUCGCUGCAUAAGUUUCAAUUAAAAGUACAUCGCUCAAAGCAGAACAACAUCAAACCUUAGAUUUAUAAGCAAACUCAGUUGGAUAAUUCUCUUCAUGGAAAAUCUCCAGAAACCGUGGCUUCACUUCCAACUUCUUGUCAAC